AAAAUAAAAAUAAAAUCAAAAAGUUAAAAAAGAUAUGAUAUUUAAUUUACUGAUAGGCUUUGGUUUAAUUAUCUUAUUGAUACUUCUCAGGAUAACCUAUAAAACAGCAAGAUUAUAUUUAAUUUAUAAGAACAAAUAUGGCAACCAAGUUAAAAUCUUAUUUUAUCCUAUAUUAGGAUUAGCCUACUUUAUGCAAAAUUCUUUAAAAUUGCAUGAUGAUGGGUAUCAAUUUUUGAAAUAGAUUGUUAAAGAAAAUCCUAAAGUAAAGGCCAUCAUUAUUCUUUCUGGUUUUAUGGAUAUCUUUAUUGCUAAUGAUAAUGAAUGGAUCAAAUAUUUAUCUUAAGAUCAAAAGUAAUUCUACAAAGAUGAUGCUUUCUUUGGCUACGACUCUUUACAUGGAGAGGGAAUGCCUUUUUGUGACUACAACAGAUGGAAAAAGCAAAGACUAUUUCUCAAUAGUAGCUUCCAUUUUGAUUCCUUAAAAUAGAGAGUUCCUAUUCUAAAAGAUGAAAUUAAUAAUUUUUGCUCAUUCCUCAAACCCAGUGAUGGAUUUGUUAAGAUCAAUUGCUAUAAUUAACUCAAAUUGAUUACAUCAGAAUUUUUUACAAGGACCUUCUUCGGCCGUCCAUUUAAGGAUGUCAAGUGUAAAAAUGGUAAAAAUAUUUCCCUCGAAAUCUGUGACAUCUGCUCAGAUGGUUACACAUUAAGAAUUUCUUCUUUAUACUUCAUCAUUAAAGCUGCUAUUUUUGGAUGUGCCAAAGCUUCUCACAUUCUUCAGAGUUAAGCAGAAAAAAAAAUUAUGAAUAGGAUUAGAGAUUUGUAUUCUAUUGUAGAAGGAGUAGUUGAUGAAAAAAUAUCAGAAAUGAGUAAAAUGAAAGAUCUAAUAUAAUAUUAACCUACAAACUUCAGCGAGUUGUACGUAAAAGAAUAUCUUUUGUAAUAAAAAAAUAUUCAAAACUACAAAAAAGAAGACAUAAUUUCUAAAGUUGAGCUGGUCUAAUAGUACUUGACAUUCUUUUUUGCUGGUACAGAUACUACUGCUCAGCUUACUUCUAUGUGUCUUUAUGAGAUUUCUAAAAAUCCAUCAAUCAAAGAAAAAAUAUUCUCUGAGCUAAAACAAUGUGGAAAGAAUUAUGAAUAGCUUGAAUCUUCAGACUUGUAAAAACUUCCUUACUUAGAUGCUAUCAUUAGAGAAUGUAAUCGCUUAUAUAGUGUUGUAGCAUUUUUAUUUCCAAGAAGAACUGAUACUAACUACUAAAGAGGAGAUUUGUACAUUGAUAAAGACUUGCUUGCAACCAAUAGACUUAUAUAAUAUGCAGAUGAAAAAGAAUUUUUUAAUGAAAGUGAGAAGUUCAUUCCUGAGAGAUUCUUAAAUCAAAAGAAUGUCCAAUAGCUUAGUCCAUAUGAUAUGAUUCCUUUUUCUUCUGGUGAAAGAAUAUGCAUUGGGUAAAAUAUGGCAAUAAUGGAAGCUAAAUUUUUGAUCUUGUAUAUUUUAACCCAUUUUGAAAUUGCCGAAGUUCCUAACUACAAACUAAGAAUGAGCUAAUUCAUGAUCAAUUAACCAGUCGAUUUAGAAAUUAUAUAAAUCAAAAGGAUCUGAUCUAAUCAC